AUGUAUCCUGAGACUUUUGAAGGCUUUUCUGUGACCUCACAUGAGAACUGGUCCGACCUGAAAAAGACAGAGUUCAAGCCAAAGACCUUCGAGGACCACGAUGUCGAUAUCGUUAUCGAGGCUUGCGGUGUUUGCGGAAGCGAUCUCCACACGAUUACCGGCGGCUGGGGUACUCAAAAUCUUCCUCUCUGCGUUGGACACGAAAUCAUCGGCAAGGUCAUUAAGGCUGGGCCAAAGGUAACGCUCUGCAAAGUAGGAGACCGCGUUGGCGUCGGUGCACAGAUCGGGGCUUGCUUGGAGUGCAAGGUUUGCAAAGACGAUAAUGAGAACUACUGCCCUCACAUGAUCCAUACCUACGCUUCACCGUACCCCGACGGUACGAUCGCGCAGGGAGGCUAUUCAAGUCAUAUUCGCGCGCAUGAAUACUUCACCUUCCCUAUUCCUGAGGAGAUGGACUCCGCUGUUGCUGCUCCCUUGAUGUGUGCCGGCCUCACUGUCUUCGGACCCAUGCACCGCGCCAAGGUUGGCCCUGGAAUGAAGGUCGCUGUACUUGGAAUUGGCGGUCUCGGUCACCUGGGCCUUCAAUUUGCUCGUGCUCUCGGCGCCGAAGUCUACGCCCUCUCUCAUUCGCCACACAAGAAAGACGAUGCCAUUAAAUGUGGCGCUCAACACUUCAUCGUCACCUCCGAACCCGACUGGUACAAGCCCUGGCAAUACACCUUCGACUUCAUCCUCAACACUGCCGACGUAACCCACACCUUCAACAUGGUCGAAUACAUCUCUACCCUGAACAUCAACGGAACGUUCCACAACGUCGGUCUGCCUGACGAACCUCUUCCGGAAAUGCGUGCCUUCCAUUUCUUGCAUAACGCGGCCAGCAUUACGGGGAGCCACAUUGGGAGUAGGCCGGAGAUGCUGAGGAUGUUGAAGGUAGCGACGGAGAAGGACGUCAAGCCAUGGGUCGAGACUAUACAGAUUGGGGAGGAGGGGUGCAAGGAGGCUUUGGAGAGACUGAAGAAGAAUAAGGUGCACUUCAGGUUCACCUUCACUGGCUAUGACAAGGCGUUCCCCAAUAGGAUAACAUCGGCCUAG